AAGAACAUUAGAAGGUUGGAGGGCUGCUGCAGUCGUUCACUUAACUUAAGAGGUUUAAGAUAAAAAUUCUGACUCUCAUAGGUGUUAUGCAAUAUAUCAGCAACUCUCCAAGGAAACUCUGAGUGUGGAUUGACCUACAGGACUGGGAGGAUCUUUCGAAGACUUUUUAAUCUUUUGGAAUAAUCUGAAAAGCAGUGUGCAGGUGAAGUUCGCUCCCUGAGAAGCAGCAUGUCCAGCGACCCCCCUCCGCCCUAUCCAGGGGGCCCCAGCGCUCCUCUUAUAGAGGAGAAGAAUGGACAGCCUCCAGUCUCUGGCUCAGCCCCGGUAACGAGCGGACCCCCAUAUGGACAGCCGCUGCCUCCGGAGUAUGGCCCUCCACCUUACGAGGCCACGAUGCAGCCAGGCUUCGUGCCCCCACACGUGCCAGGUGAGGGUCCUAUGCCCAUGCCAUACCCGCAUGCCGGCUUCCACCCUCCUCCUGGACACUUCCCCCACCCCAUGCCGGGGCAGUUUGCUCCAGGGCCCAGCCACUGUGGCCCGGCUGUGGGACACACAGCCACGGUGAUUGGGCCGCCAGGCACGGCUACUACGGUUACUGUGCUGCAGGGUGAGAUGUUCCAGUCAGCACCAGUGCAGACGGUCUGCCCACACUGCCAACAGGCCAUCAUCACACGAAUUAGCCAUGACGUGGGCCUCAUGAACACGCUCUUCUGUCUGUUCUGCUUCUUUGUGGGCUGUGAUCUGGGCUGCUGCUUGAUCCCAUGUCUGAUUGAUGACCUCAAGGAUGUGACGCACACUUGCCCCAACUGCAAGGGCUACAUCUACACAUACAAGCGCAUAUGCUAACAGCGUCCCCCAGUGCUCACCCUGGAUGUACUCACGGCUCCCUCUCAUGGGUUCCGCAGCUUUUUUCUGUUUUCCUUUUCUGCGCUUUAUUCCCCAGCUCAUUGGCUAGUUUUUUUUUGUUUGUUUGUUUUUACUACCUAUUCAUCCAAUAAUGACUGUAUAUAACUAUUUAAAAGCCUUAGAUUUAGUUAGUGAUACUACAAGAUUAAUUUAAAAAAAUAGGUAAGUAGAAGAAAAAGGAGAAGAAGGGAUGAUGAGUCAGUACAUUUAUAUGCAUAAUGGAAACAUUUAUUGAUAGUGUUGUGGAAGUGCUGUUAGGAUUUUAGGUUAGUGGCAGUUCAAGUAUCAUCUCUAGAAUGAAGUCACUUGAUCUGAUGUAACUGAAGUCCAUUUCAGGGUCGAUAUUAUUUUUAUUAUAAUUAUUUAAUUCUGUUAUGUAUAAUUAUUCUAACAAGCUAAUGUGAAAGAUUUUCAUGUCUGUGUCUGUGAAUACAAUGGCCAAGGACUACAGUUUUAGUUGCAGGAUGCCGCUGUGAAGACUAACGUGUUUAUAUUCUCAUAGUGAUGUUACAGUUAAAACGUUUUUGUAAUCAGGGUAGUUUGCAUUCGCAAGAUUCAUUAUUCUCCGUUAUAGUACACACUUGUGUAGACCUGUGCAAUUUUACAUGAAAAUUUCUUAAGCUGUCAGGAAACGUAAUGCAAAUAUUCACAUCAAUGCUCCUUUGUAAUAAAGAAAGAAAUAUUCGACAGGUUCUGCACUAUAUUUUAAGGUACGUCCAUUGCUGCGUUUGCUGUCUUACUGAACUGUGAAUGUUAUAAAUAACUCUAAUGCUCCUUCAUCUUCACGGUGAAGUGCUUCUGUGCUGUUGGUGGGCCUUGAUGUGCACUUUCGUAUUAAGCCUAAUUCAUUUCAGAAGGGGAAAUUAUACAUGGUGCAGCUGAGAACAUACAGUCAAUCACAGGCUUUUUAUGAUCCUUUAAAUAAUUUACUCUGAUACAAUCAUUAGGAAGGAGCAUGUUUGGAGGAAGAAGGUGAUCAAACUCUGGCUUUCUGUAAAAUCUCUGUAAUCGUCCACACGUCCUGUGUGUGCGUCAUCUGCCCCCCGAGCUAAAAGCAGGUUAUGUGUUCAUAACUAAAAGAUCAUUGUUUCAUUCCUGGGACCUCGCCCUGUUUUUGUGUGCAACAUUUGUUGUGGGGAAGGCAGCAGGAAGUCGAGUAAGUGUGACAAACAGCACGUUUCAUCUGUGUUUUUCUGUAUGUUUUCAUUUAGUUCUUUUCCGUUCAUGCAAGAUUUAAAAAAAAAAAAAACAACAAAACAUGCACCUGGUUUGAAGCUUUAAUCCCUCUCUAAAAGUGAUUCUUCAUUUUGCACUCAACAUGCCUCAAGAAGUCAGACAUUGUAAUGGAAUCUGUUUUAAAGACCUGUUGUGCUUUAUCACCUUCAUUCGAUUUGUCUCUGUGUGUAUUUAGAUAUCAGCACGAACAUGAAGCAAACAAUCUAAUAUGAAAACUGUAUGCAUGCUCCUCUGAAUUCGAGCUGACUCCCUUUAAUGCAACUUUCUUUUGAACCUUGUAGGCCUACAAUGCUUUGCAAAGUGGCUUCUUGCUGUGAAAGACUGAAUAUAUGUAGAGCUUGUGUUCCAGGACCUUUAGAUCAACAACUACGAGUAGUUUGUGGUAUAAUAAGUCUUCUGAACUGGAAUUGUCUUGUAAAGAACAAACUGACUGUGUACAAUUAUUAUUCUAAGAAUAAUAAUAAAAUAAUCGUAUCUUC